AUGUCUGGUGAAGCGAGAGGCCCCCGCCCGCAGUAUCGCGGGCCUCCGGGGCCUAGGGGACCUCCAGAGCCAGUCCCUGUGCGGCCCCCCGUGGUGGUAGACCGAGAAAUGACGUGCCCACUUCUAUUAAAAGUCUUUUACAAAAUUGGCGCGCACCAUAGCCUGGAGGACUAUGCUGUGAGGGGGAAAGAGCCAAAGGACACGGUUUCGAUAUACACGUGGAAGGACGCGAAUCUGCGGGAGUUGACGGAUCUUGUAAAGGAGGUGGUCCCGAGCGCGAGGCGAAGAGAUGCGCGGCUCUCGUUUGCGUUUGUGUAUCCGGACCGGCGGGGGAAGAAUGUGCUUCGGGAGGUGGGCCGGACUCUGUCGUUGCGGCAAGGGGAGGACGAUGAGAAGACGCUCGCGGGCUUGGGAUUCCAAACGGGGGACUUUCUCGACGUAGCGGUCUUUGUAUGAGAUGUAAGUAAGUCAAUUGGGGCUGGGUUAGCCUCGUACUAAGUGUUUGUAAGAUAGUUAUCCAAGAAAGGUUCCAGAGACCUGCUUUAGCCGUGGUAUCCUUGAGCUAAUUGGAGCGCAAAGGAACUCCUUCCAGAUACUGGUUACAUGAUCAGCCCGCUUCUUUCAUUGCGGCUUUUGGAUCUUCGUGGGUUUGUGAACUUGCUCAUUUCAAAGCAGACAGCAAUUGUGGGCAUUCUCCUCGCACUUCUGUACUGUCUUCUCUUUUGAUGUUCCAAUUGGGAGUUGGACUGCAUUACCGAGGUGACAAGUGGUCAGGGCGCUUGAUGCUAAAGUCACUUUCCUUGAUCAGCUGGUGGUGCGCCCAUUGCCACAGCAAUCAAUUUUCACAUGGUCAUAACAUCACGAGAUUUUGAAACCUUCUUCAAUGACUCUGUCUGAGAACAAUCUGCUGCAAGUUUGUCAGAGCUG